CGUAGGUCGGCGCCCCGGCCGCACGGGCGCGCAGGGGCGGGGUGGCGGCCGACGCCCCUCGGCUCGCGCUCCGCACCUGGCCCUGCAGGAAGUGCGCGCUGAUUGACAGCUGCGGUGCUCCCAAAAGGCUGGAGUCAAAGAUGCUGCUCGGCGGGUGGGUGUAGACGCGGCAGGCGCGCCCCGUGCCCGCUCUAGUUCGCGCGCCUCCCCGGGCCCCGCCGCCCCUCCGGCUGCCGUGGAGCGGGGCUCGGGCCCCAGCCUGCGCGCCCGGCACCCGCGGCUCCGGACGACCCGGCGGCGCUCGGCCCGCUCAGGUCGCCAGGAUCCGGUCCCGGCUCACCAUGCACUGCCACGCGGAACUGAGGUUGAGCUCACCCGGCCAGCUCAAAGCAGCCAGGCGGCGCUACAAGACUUUCAUGAUCGAUGAGAUCCUCUCCAAGGAGACCUGCGACUACUUUGAGAAACUUUCCCUCUACUCUGUGUGCCCGUCUCUGGUGGUGCGACCCAAGCCCCUGCACUCUUGCACCGGCUCUCCUUCCCUACGGGCGUAUCCUCUCCUGUCUGUGAUCACCCGACAGCCCACAGUCAUCUCCCACCUGGUUCCCACUGGCCCAGGAAUCACCCCAGUGUUAUCUCGCCAUCCAGUCACCGAGGCUGCUGCUGCCGCUGCUGCUGCUGCUGCUGCUGCUGCUGCUGCUGAGACCCCUGGUGGUGAGGCAUUAGCCAGCAGUGAAUCUGAGACAGAACAGCCCACACCCCGGCAGAAGAAACCACGCAGGAGUCGCACCAUCUUCACAGAGCUGCAGCUCAUGGGUCUGGAGAAGAAAUUUCAGAAGCAGAAGUAUUUGUCUACCCCAGACAGGUUGGACUUGGCCCAGUCUCUGGGACUCACUCAGCUACAAGUGAAGACUUGGUAUCAGAACCGCAGGAUGAAAUGGAAGAAGAUGGUCCUUAAAGGUGGACAGGAAGCACCCACAAAACCUAAGGGGCGCCCCAAGAAGAACUCCAUUCCCACAUCAGAGGAGAUUGAAGCUGAAGAGAAGAUGAAUAGCCAGGCCCAGGGCCAAGAGCAGCUGGAGCCCUUGCAGGGACACGAGGAGUCCUGUGAUAUCCAGGAGCCCAAAGCAUGCAGUGUCCCCUUGGAGGUGGCCGAACUGCCUCACCAGCCCCAGGAGUUGCCAGAAGCCUCCUCUGAACCCCCACCAUUAAGUUAAAAUAAAGUUCUGUGGGGGAAGGGGGAGACUGGGAGGAAGGGAAGAGAGAAGGCAAGGAGACAUUGAAAGGACAGAAGACCUUUAAAGACAGCAAGGUGUAGGUAGAAGAGCGCUGCCUGUCUCCCUCCUCCCAGAGGCAUUCUCAUCCUGAGCAUUUGAUGAAGACUUGCUCACGUGGGACUUGCCCUUCUUACAAGGCUGUGUUAGCCACAGAUACCCUUGAGUAAGGGAGAUAGCGCUUUGGAGCCGAUUCCCGGGCUUGGGUGAUGGCUGUGGGGUUGGGUACAGCAGUCUGUCAGUGUGGCAGGCUGGGCUGGCCUGCAGUGAGGGUGGUUCUUCUUCCUCUCUGCUCCCCUCUGGGCAGCCGGUCAGAGAAGCAGAGAGAGGUAGGUGGAGGUGCUUGGGAGGCUUACCCAAGCUCCUUGCCGACUCAGCGCUUAUUUCUGUAGUUUUAAGAGAAUUGAAUGUUUUUGGAUUUUUGUUUUUUGAGGGUGGGGUGGGGAAAACUGUUGAAGGCAGACAAAAAAAAAAAAAAGAAAAGAAAGAAAAGGAGUUGGAGGGGAGUUACUAGGGACAUCUCAAGUCCUGCUUGUCUGUCUGUAAACACGUGUGCCUUUGUACCUUUGUAAGAUGGUCAGGUGACAAAAGAACCGAUGAUCCUUGCCUUUCCCUUCAUUAAGUUGCCAUCCCUGAAGCUGCAAAUGCAGAUAUGUUAAGAUAACUUUUAUUUUUUAAUUAAAAGUAAAUCUUUCAAGAA